AUGCGGUCUCAGCUUCUUCGCGCCGCUGCGCGAUCUAGAUCCUCCCUGACUUCGCCGGCGACCCGGACAUUCACCUCCUCCGCAAGACGACCCGCCGAAGUUGACCUUACCAUCGAUGGGAAGAAAGUGUCCAUAGAGGCGGGCUCAGCUCUGAUCCAAGCCUGUGAAAAGGCCGGGGUGACAAUUCCAAGAUACUGCUAUCAUGAAAAACUCCUCAUCGCCGGUAACUGUCGUAUGUGCCUGGUCGAAGUCGAACGAGUUCCCAAACCCGUGGCCUCCUGUGCAUGGCCCGUCCAGCCCGGGAUGGUGGUCAAGACCGAUUCGCCCAUGACACACAAAGCAAGAGAAGGGAUUAUGGAGUUCUUGUUGGCCAACCAUCCUCUGGAUUGUCCCAUCUGCGAUCAAGGUGGCCAAUGUGAUCUACAAGAUCAGUCCAUGAGAUACGGAGCUGAUCGGGGUCGUUUCCAUGAAAUCACUGGCAAGCGUGCGGUGGAGGACAAGAAUAUUGGACCUUUGAUCAAGACUUCGAUGAACCGAUGUAUCCACUGCACGAGAUGUAUUCGAUUCGCCAACGAGAUUGCGGGUGCGCCCGAACUCGGAUCGACAGGACGAGGCAACUCGCUGGAAAUCGGCACCUAUAUUGAACGGAGCCUUGAUACCGAGCUUUCGGCCAAUGUGAUCGACCUCUGUCCGGUGGGGGCCCUGUUGCCCAAACCCGGCGCCUUUAGCUAUCGACCUUGGGAGCUCACCCGAUUCGAAUCGAUCGACGUGUUGAAUGCUCUGGGAUCCAACAUUCGAGUGGACGCAAGAGGAAUGGAGGUCAAGAGAAUUCUCCCGCGAUUGAACGAUGACAUCAAUGAAGAGUGGAUCGAUGACAAGACACGGUUUGCCAUGGAUGGAUUGAAGACUCAGAGAUUGACCACGCCGUUGAUCCGAAAAGAGGACAAAUUCUUGCCGGCGACAUGGGAACAAGCGCUUUCCGAAAUCGGCAAUGCCUUCCUCCGGCUCCAACCAGCGGCGAACGAAUUCAAGGCCAUUGCCGGACAUCUCAUUGAGGUGGAAUCUUUGGUGGCCAUGAAAGAUCUGGCCAACAGAUUGAAGUCCGAAAACCUGGCCCUGGAUCAACCCGGUGGUGGUGCGCCGAUUGCACAUGGCGUGGAUGUCCGGGCGAACUACCUGUUCAACUCCAAAAUCUAUGGUAUUGAAGAGGCCGACGCCAUGCUGAUCAUCGGCAGCAAUCCACGAUGGGAAGCUGCCGUCCUGAACGCCCGAAUUCGAAAGCAAUGGAUGCGCUCACCCCUGGAGAUUGGUUACAUUGGCGAACCUUUCGAAAGCACCUUCCAAUUCGAACACUUGGGUACCGAUGCGGCGGCGGUGAAGAAAGCUCUCUCCGGCGAAUUCGGCAAGAAGCUAUCGGUGGCAAAGAAACCUAUGAUCAUCGUGGGUAGCGCUGUUGCCGAGCAUCCUGAUGCCGCCGCCAUCUUUGAAUCCGUCGGCUCGUUCGUGGACAAGCACCCAGCCAACUUCAACACACCUGAAUGGCAAGGCUACAACGUCCUCCAGCGCGCCGCGUCAAGGGCGGGCGCCUAUGAAGUCGGUUUCACCACUCCGUCACCAAAAGUGGCAGAGACGAAACCCAAGAUGGUCUGGCUCCUCGGCGCCGAUGAGAUCUCUGAGGCAGAUAUCCCCAAGGACGCCUUUGUCAUUUAUCAAGGCCACCACGGUGAGACUGGCGCCCAGCUCGCCGACGUCAUUCUGCCCGGCGCCACAUAUACCGAAAAAUCAGGCACGUACGUGAACACCGAAGGCCGUGUCCAAAUUACUCGGUCGGCUGUCACAUUGCCCGGGGCAGCCAGGACCGAUUGGAAGAUCAUACGAGCAGCGUCCGAAUUUCUGGGCGUCCCACUUCCGUAUGACGAUCUGGAAGUGCUCCGCGACAGACUUGAGGAGAUCAGCCCGGCCCUCAGACGGUACGAUACGCUUGAGCCCAGCGCGUUGACGGCCUUGAGCAAAGUCCAGCUGGUGGAUGCGCAUAAAGGUGCCAAGGCCACGGGCAAGGUUUUGGAGUUGCCCAUUAAGAACUUUUACAUGACGGAUGUUAUUUCGAGAAAGCAUUUCGCCGACUAUGGCCCGCUGCUCGGCGGCCAAGGAGACAGGAAACCCGGACACGAAUUUCAUGGCACCGGAUGGCGAUGUGGUGAAGACAAGGGGGAAUCGUUCUCGGUCGAUCGAGAUCACAUGGACGAACGCGCUUGUGUGGAUAUAAACCCCUUCGAAGAGAAGACGACUGAGAUGGUCAGUCGAGUCGAGGAAGAAAGAAACGUGAAUCAAGAGCAUGGUCGGACAUGGCAAGGAGUGGCAAAGAAGCGACGGGAUAUUCAGGGUCCUUCAAGAAAGAAUCAUGUCUUCACAACACAAGCAACACGAGUGAGAGCUGGAAUCCGAGUUAUCCAUUCGCUCGUGAAUUGA